UUCCGGCGUGAAAUGCCCCUGAAACUCCCGAAGCAGGCGAGUGCUGUUUCAUUCAUUCGCAGCUCGCGCGGCUCUACGCUCCGGACGCCGUCCUGACCGCUCCUUUCAAAAGGAUAUCGUGUGUGUUGGUCGACUGUGCUUAUCGAGCGACUCUCUUUGCAUGCAGCUCUCCAGUAAAGCGCAAUGAGUGACUCCGGCAAGGACACGGCGGCUCCUAAAGAGAAGGACGCGGCGGAGAAGAGAGGACGCGGGAGACCCCGCAAACACCCGCAGCAGCAGGAGGCAAGUGGAUCUCCCACACCGAAGAGACCUAGAGGAAGACCAAAGGGCAGCAAGAACAAGCCAAGCUCCACGGCAUAUCGGGGCAAAAAAACAGCAACGGCUUCGGCACCUGCAGGGACGAAACGCCGAGGACGGCCCAAGAAAGCAGAGAAGGAGGAGCAGCCAUCUAAGUCCUCUGAGGAAGAAGAGGAGGAGGAAGAGGAACAGUAACUAGCAACUCGUGCUACCUCACAAUCCAACGUUAUUUCUUCCUGUUGACCAGAGCUGGACUGACCCUCCCCAUUCCCCCUCUUCCUCUUACACUAGUGCCACCCUCACCCUCCAAUUCACCUUUACGCUCUAGCGCCCUCUAGCGUCAGGGAGGCUUGCACACUUCAUGCGCCUUCUCUGUGUAACACCACUGGAAAAAGACUCAAAAUACUGUAUGUCCAUUCGUGGAUGCAUGCACACGUGUAUGUCUCGCACUCAGUGGCUAAUUGGUCGAAAGUGUCUGUCAUUAUACUGGACAAAGAUAUGCUCUGAUGGCGGCUUGACACAAAGCGAUUUGCAAAAUACUGAAGUUUUCUCUUUUUUCGCAAGCAACCGUUUCAGGCCUUGAGAAUUCAAGUUUAUUUUUACACGUCUAAAUCUAAAAUAUGGUAGGUUGUGUGAAAUUCAUGUCGUUGUGUACUGGACAAAGGUGAACUGACCUACUCGUUGUUUUUACUUUGGUUGUGUGUGCGUGUGUGGUAACUGUCUCCAGUUAAACUCUUUUAGCUACUCCGUGAUUCGAGCUAGAAAUAAAAUUAGCGUAUUUUUGUGCGCAUAACCUAGAGGACUUUUAACUUGUAAUCAACAUCAUUGAAUGCUUUGUUGUGAAACAUUUUUUUUUUUACUUUUUUUUUUUUUUUUUUUUUUUAUU